CUUGCGCGCGCGUGCCAGGCGGGGAACCACCCAGGCGAUGACGUCACAAGCUGGUGGUGCCGGAAGAAAAGAUGGCGGAUCAUGAGGAGCAAAUAUCCGACGAGGAGAAGGUGCGCAUAGCAGCAAAAUUCAUCAUUCAUGCACCACCCGGAGAGUUUAACGAAGUUUUCAACGAUGUGCGGUUGCUGCUGGCCAACGACAAUCUCCUCCGGGAAGGUGCAGCCCACGCAUUUGCACAGUACAACGCCGACCAGUUCACCCCAGUGAAGAUCGAAGGCUACGACGAACAGGUCUUAAUUACAGAGCACGGGGACCUGGGUAACGGCCGCAUCUUGGACCCCAAGAACAAGAUCUCCUUCACAUACGACCACCUGAGAAAGGAGGCCAGCGACCCGCGCUUUCACGAUGUGGACAGCUCCAUGGAGGAAUGGAGGAGCGCCGUGGACUCGGCCGUCAGAACCUACGUCAAGGAGCACUACCCUAACGGCGUCUGCACCGUUUACGGGAAAAUCAUUGACGGCCAUCAAACCAUCAUCGUGUGCGUCGAGUGCCAUCAGUUUCAGCCCAAGAACUUCUGGAAUGGACGCUGGAGGUCAGAAUGGAAGUUAACAAUCUCUCCAUCCACCACUCAAAUUACAGGAAUCAUGAAGAUUCAGGUUCAUUACUACGAGGACGGCAACGUGCAGCUGGUCAGCCACAAGGAGGUCCAGGAUUCCAUGUCCUUUUCUAACGAGACUACAGCGGCGAACCGCUUUGUCAAGAUCAUGGACGUGGCAGAGACCGCCUACCAAACGGCCAUCAACGAGAACUACCAGACCAUGUCGGAGAGCACCUUCAAAGCCUUACGCCGCCAGCUCCCCGUCACGCGCAACAAGAUCGACUGGAACAAGAUCCUGGUCUACAAGCUGGUCAAGGAGAUGCAGAACGCUUGAAACGAGCACCUGGCCGCACACACACAUACACACACACACACACACGCACACACACAGUAUAUUGCAUGACUGGAUUGUUGUAUCGUCUUUGUUCCAAAAUGAGACACUUUGGGGAAAAGAAGGCUUUCGCUCUCCUGGCAAGAUGUCAAAUUAACUCAUUGGAUGUUGAUCUUCUUGACUUUUGUCUGUCCAAGCUGCCGCCAUCAGCAGGUGGAAAGGCGACAUAGGAAAAGAGGGCGGGCGCUCGUAUGCAAACACACUCCUCACGUGCAAUAUCAUCGAGUCGCAGCCCGACAAGAAAAGUUGUCCUUUCUUUCACGGGAGAAAAACAUUUUUUCAUCGUUUAUUUGUGCUACUCUUCUGCAAAAGCAUUUUGUUCCUGUUCUCUUUGCUACUCCCCCCCCCCCCCCGACCCGGCGUUUGUUGUGUUUGUGGGAUCUCAAGCUUGCUGCACCUCCUGACUGGGCGGCCUCGUCGACUCGCUAACACCUAGCUAGCGCCAUCCAUGAAGCAUGGACACAAUGUGCAUAUGAUGUCACAAUAAAGUCAAGACGUAUCACA